AAAUUUUCACAGUUUUAGUUCAAUUUGAUUGUUGGCCACUUCAACAUGCAGCUUAUCGUUGCUUUAUUCAUUUUAACUUUAAAAUUUAUUUUCGGUUUAACGUCGGGCCAGUAUAACGAUUUCACCUCAUUCCUGAAUGCAAACGCAACAUUGGCUGUUAUUGUAGAUCAAAGCUAUAUGCAACAAACAGGUGAAAACAUUUUAGCUCAUUUUCAAAAAAUCCUCAACGAUGCAGUGCAUGAAAAUUUAAAAUACGGCGGCAUUAACUUUAAAUACUUUACAUGGACCGGGAUACGUUUAAAGAAAGAUACUUUGGCUGCUAUUACCAUUAUGGAUUGCGACAAUACAUGGGAAUUUUUUGAAGAUAUGAAAACUCCUAACGUCCUUGUUGUAGCUAUAACGAACUCCGAAUGCCCACGUUUGCCUAUAAAUCAGGCUUUAAUGAUACCUUAUGUAGAUCGGGGCCAGGUAUUUCCUCAAAUGAUAUUAGAUGCAAAGGUGCAAAAGAUUCUCAAUUGGCAGACAGCAAUUGUAAUAAUGGAUCAGACGUUAAUAAAUGAAGGCGGCCAUUUACAGGAAUCUAUUAUGCAUGAAAGCAUUAAACGUAACAUCGAACCGAUAUCUAUCGUUUUGUAUAGCAUCGACGAUCAGUUAAAAGGACAAAAGAAGCGAUUGGCUAUUCGAGAAAUUCUUCAAUUAUUCGAUAGCAGAUCGCAGAACAAACAACAAUUUAUGAUUUUUUCCAAAUUUUAUGAAGACAUAAUUGAAAUCGCGGAAAAUAUGCAAAUGUUUCAUGUCGGCAAUCAAUGGUUAUUUUUUAUAUUUGAAGAUAAGCGAAAAAAUUUUGAUGUCACGUCGGUGACGCAAAAUUUGGAAGAAGGCGCUAAUAUAGCUUUUGCGUUAAACGAAACUCGGAGCGAAUGUAAGAAAUCAUUAAAUUGCACUCUAACUGAACUAUCAACAGCCCUGGUUAGUGCCAUAUCUCAGAUGACGUUGGAAGAGCAAUCAUUAUAUGGCGCUGUAUCCGAUGAAGAAUGGGAGUAUAUACGUUACACGAAACAAGAGCAACAACAUGAAAUCUUAAAUUAUAUGCGUAAUUAUUUGAAAGAUCACAUUUCGUGUUCUAGUUGUGCUAGAUGGCGCGUUAUCACCGCUUUGACUUGGGGCAAAAACCAAGAACAUCAAAGUAUUGUUCACACGAUGGAUAUUUCCGAAAAUCGCAAUAAAAACUUUGAAUUCACAGAUGUGGGUUAUUGGUCACCUACCUCUGGUUUUGUUGCCCAUGAAUUAUUGUUUCCCCAUGUAGUGCACCAUUUUCGUAACAUUACUUUGGAUAUUGUUACCAUACAUAAUCCUCCUUGGCAAAUUAUAAAAAAGGAUGCGAAAGGCACAAUUAUCGAGUAUUCUGGCAUUGUUAUGGAAAUCGUGAAGGAACUAAGCCGGAUGUUAAAUUUCACGUACAAACUGCACGAUGCUAAUAUUUUAGAAUAUGAUGGACACGAAAACGGAAGUGAAACGGAUCGGUUAACUGGUGCUUUGACCUAUUUUAUACCAUAUCAGGUCGUCAGACUGGUUCAGGGAAAUAAGUUCUUUAUGGCUGCCGUUGCCGCGACUAUAAACGAUCCAGAUAAGAAAGCAUUUAAUUUCACAACACCAAUUAGCAUACAACGAUAUUCCUUCCUCACGCGUAAACCCGAAGAAGUCAGCCGAAUAUAUUUAUUUACAGCACCAUUUACUUUAGAGACAUGGAUUUCAUUAAUCGCUGUAAUAUUUGUUACCGCACCGAUCCUAUAUUUGGUAAAUUGCUCAGUACCUACUUUACAUUUGAAAGUGCAAGGGCUUUGCACUCUGAAAAGCUGCUUCUGGUAUAUAUAUGGCGGUCUAUUGCAGCAAGGAGGCAAGUAUUUACCGAAAGCCGACUCAGGCCGUUUGAUAAUUGGCGUUUGGUGGAUUGUUGUAAUAGUUCUAGUGACGACAUAUUGUGGUAACUUGGUGGCAUUUCUAACAUUUCCACGUUUCCAACCAGGUUUCGAUUAUCUUCAUCAACUUUUCGUACACGGAGACUUCAAAGAAGAACUGGGUUUAAGAAACAAUACAUUUUUUGAGAAUUAUGCUGCGAUAUCGAGUCGAUUAGAUUUUCAAAAAUACUUAAAUCAUGCUAUCGUUUACAAUAACUCUUUACAAGAAAAUCUGGAGGCGGUAAAAAUUGGCAGUCGUAUCAACGUAGACUGGCGUAUUAAUCUUCAACUAAUUAUCCAAAAUCAUUUUGAGAAAGAAAAGGAAUGCACCUUCUCAAUGAGUAAAGAGAGCUUCCUGGAUGAGCAAAUUGGUUUAAUCAUACCAAUCGGUAGUCCAUAUUUGGACUUAAUAAAUGCCCAAAUAUAUCGUUUAUAUCAAAUGGGUUUCAUAGAACGAUGGCAUCAAACAAAUUUGCCAUCCAUGGAUAAAUGCAAUGCUAAAGGCGUAUUAAGGCAAAUAACAAAUCAUAAAGUAAACUUGGAUGAUAUGCAAGGAUGUUUUCUAGUGUUACUUACAGGUUUCAUUGUAGCUGGGAUAAUGAUAUUGGGAGAAUUCUGGCAUUAUCAGUGGCAUCUCAAGCAAAUAACAAGACGAAGACUCUUUUCUGAAUAA